CGGCGGUGACGGUGACGAGUCCGUCCACACGUGGCCCAGCUCCCGCCUGCGCUGUUCGGUGCGGCUCCGCGUGCGGCGGCGUACCAUCCACCGGCCGCUCUGGUGACAGUGACGGCUCCCGGAUUGGGCAGGCUGACGGUGACGGGGCCGCCUGGUGCAGCAGUGGACAGACGACCUCGGGACAGGCCGACUCCGCCGGCGACUGCUCGGCGCGCGCCCGGCCGGCGCGGAGGCGAAAUGCGGCCGAGUUUGCAGCAGGUGCUGUCAGCCGCGCUGCUCCCGGCGCUGCUGGUGACGCCGGCGCUGGGAGAGCUCACGCCAGAGGACGAGGACCUGGGGGCGCUGCUGGGUUCGUUGUCGGAGGACGAACUGCUGAGCGAGGAUGGGGCGAGCCGCAGCCGGCGCCAGGCAGACGAGGGCUCUGGCGACGGACCCGACCCUACAUCACCGAACGAGGGGAGUCCGACCAGGCCAGUGGCGGGCUCGGAUCAGGAAGGCAGCCUGGAAUGUGACUUUGGCCGCGCUGACGAAGCCACCCUGUGCGACUACACCAACCAGAAGGGGUCGACCUUGACGUGGCGAGCCACGACCGGCCGCUUCGGCAACUGGCUGGGAGGACCGCACGCGGACGCCGAGGACAGCGAGGACGGCGGGUACGCGCUCUUCGAGACGUCUCAUCGUCCGGAGCGCUCGAGCGGUGUCAACACGGAGUCGGCCCUGCUGCGCAGCCCCCUGCGGCCGCCGACACCAGCCGGCGGACAGUGCAUCCGGUUCCAAUACAACAUACUGGGCCUGAGCGCCGACCGGCUGCGGCUGGUGCUGCACCCUGUCGGCGAAGAGGAGAAGCAGGGCGCUCCGGCGGAUCACCGCCAGGAUUUGGUGCUCUGGAGCAGCGCCGAGUCGGACGAGGGCUGGCAACAGGUCAUGCUGCUCUACAGCUACGGCGGCCAGUACAAGCUGGUGUUUGAGGCGAUCCCGCGCAUCCGGCUGCCGGAGAGCGAGUACCGCGGCCACGUCGCCGUCGAUGCGGUGAGGGCCGUCAGGAGCGCCGCCUGCCGAGGCCACUGCACCUUCGACGGCGGGCUCUGCGGCUGGCGCCAGGACGACAGCGACGACUUCCAAUGGACGCUCAGCCGUGGCAGCCUCACCCCAAAGACGGGACCACGCACGGACCACGGCAGCGAGGUGCUGGGCGGCACGGCCGGCGGCUACGCCUUCGCCAACUCGGCCUUCCCGCGUCAGCCCGGUGACCGGUCGCGUCUGCUCAGCCCCAAGCUGCCGGCCACCGGCGCCGACGGCCCGCUCUGCUUCCGCUUCUGGACCUACAUGUUCGGCUCGGGCGUGGGCACGCUCAGGGUGCUACGGCUCGAGGGUGACGAGGAGACGGAGCUCUGGCGGCUCUCUGGCUCGGCCGGCAAACAGUGGUACCAGGGGCAGGUGCCUGUGGCGGCAGACAGGUCGUUCACGCUGGCGAUCGAGGCGCAGCUCAGUGCGACGAGGCUGGGGGACAUCGCCAUCGACGACGUGUCGCUGAUGCCGGGUCUGUGCUCCGCGGCACCGCAGGUGGCCGCUGUCGAGACCAUCGGAUGCACUUUCGAGGUGGACGACUGCGGCUGGACAAGCUCUGAGGUUGACUCGCGGCUGCGCCGGCGCGGCUGGGAGCGCGUGCCGGCGGCCAACGGCGCGCUACCGGCCGCCGACCACACGCUCCGGCUGCCCUCGGGCCACAUGAUGAGCCUGGUGUACAGCGGGCCGCAGCGGCCGGGACAAACCAGCAGCGUCGCCUCACCGCCCGUCACCGGCAGCGAACGCGCCAAGUGCCUGACCUUCUGGUACUACAUGGACGAGCUGGUACCCCGGUCAGCGGGCGCCCGGCUGGGCAGCCUCAGGGCAUCGGCCGUAUACACCGACGAACAAGGCAAGGAGCAGACGGUGCAGCUGUGGCGUCUCAACAACGCUCAGCAGCCGCAGUGGCUGUUGGGGCAGGCGCCCGUAACCAUGACGCGCGACUACAAGAUCGUGUUUGAAGGCACGUGGGGCGGCAGCACCAAGGGCACGAUCGCGCUGGACGACAUCAUCCUGCUAAACGGUGCGUGCCAGCAGCAGCCGGCGCAGUCGGCGGCGGCGGCCAGCGAAUGCGACUUCCAGCAGGGCUCGUGCGGCUGGCGCAACACCACCUCCGACUCGGAGACGCAGCAGCGCUGGCGGCCGGCGAGCGAGCUCUUGCGCCCGCUCCUGCUCGCCGAUCACACAUUCCGCGCGCCCACCGGCUACCUCUACUUCGACGUGUACAGCCCGCAGGACCGGCGGGUGCGGCUACGUCUGCAGUCACCGCCGCUCGACCUCGGCGACGGCCGCGAGCAGCGCGCUUGCGUCCGCUUCUGGUUCGCGACCAUCUCGCACUCGUCUGCCGCGCGGCUGCGCGUGCUCUACUCGCUCGUCUCGGCGACGGAGGACGACGCGGGGGAGGGCGCCGACGACGAGGCCGACGAGCGCGAGGUGUGGUCGCUGCGAGCGUCCGAUGCCGACGCCGGUCGCAUGACGUGGCUGAACGGCGAGGCGGCUGUGCCCGCCGACAGCGGUCGCUUCCGCGUCACGUUCGAGGGCAGCGCCAGCGACCGCGGCUUCGCCCUCGAUGACGUCACCGUCAGGCCGGGCGCGUGUCGAGUGCGCCCGCCGGCGGCCGCCCCUGCUCAGAACAGCCCGGGUGAUAACGAGAACCAGGACGACUCGGGUGAAAGCAAGCAGUAAUCCCUGCUGCCGCGGACGCACGUGGAGAACAGCUCGAAGACCUGCAGAGGGUGUCAGGGAGGGCCUUGUCGCCUUGAUCGGUGGAAGGCGCUGGUCCUGAGGAGAGGCUGUGCGAUGGGGACGUCUAGUCGAGACACCGUCUGUGAAAUGUGCCGGAACGUUGCGCAGUCGGUUCUACACCAAGCCAUUGAAGCUCUCGCGCGUCGGGGCCCUCCGGUCAAUCAGCGCGGUUUGCGUCUGGAUGUCACCCAAUCAGCAUACUUGUGCAGAAACGGCAACAAAUCAGCAUGAUUCGCGUCGCCGCACCGACAAAUCGGCGCUACCUAAGUGGCAUCGUUUACCUGUGUCAGGGAGCAUUUGUAUUUACCACACCAUUAAAAUGGUUGCCACCUGCGUAGCGUGUAGGAUAAACAUGUACCAAUAACCCAUGUAACACUAGCAGGCAGCUUAUUCAUGCCAUUCGAGCAAGCACAGCAGCCAACAGGCGAUCCGUUAACACGCACCCGGGCGGCCGGCUAGAUACCCUUCGCUCGGGUGGGGUGGGCGGUGAGUUUGA